AACAAUCGCACGCUUUGUAAGAGUGAGACAUAAGCACAACAUAAACAACUCAACUCCGAGGCCACUAUUGGUCCCAAUCAGUGAUAUGUUGAGUAAAAUGGCAUUUCAAGCACAUCCACACGACACGAACGCAACCGAUGACCACAAGUGUGUCCUUUUGGGCAACGCUUUCAAUGAACUCAGACAUCGAGACACUGACGAAGCCAUGGAUGGCAUGGAUUCGGCGGACAAUCACUCGUCACACUCGUGGAGAAUGAAAGACAGGAUGAAGACGGUUAGUGUGGCGCUGGUGUUGUGUCUGAACGUGGGGGUCGACCCCCCGGACAUAAUAAAGCCGAACCCGUGUUCAGUACUGCAGAGUUGGGUGGACCCGUUCUCAUUGGCGCCGCAAAAGGCAUUGGAAGCGAUCGGCGCUAACCUUCUGAAGCAAUACGAGCGAUGGCAGCCCAGGGCUCGCUAUAAGCAGAGUCUGGACCCCACUGUGGAGGACGUGAAGAAGUUGUGUACAUCUCUGCGCCGUAACGCCAAAGACGAGAGAGUGUUGUUUCACUACAACGGACACGGAGUGCCCAAACCCACAGUGAAUGGCGAGAUCUGGGUCUUCAACAGGAGUUACACGCAAUACAUCCCACUGUCUGUCUAUGAUCUGCAACAGUGGAUGGGGUGGCCGUCCAUAUAUGUGUUGGAGUGCUCUAACGCCGGCACUAUAGUCGACUCAUUCAUUCAGUUUGCGAUACAACACGAGAAAGAGUACGAAAUGAAUAUAAACACCAAUACAUCGACGAGUGGCUCACCAUUUCAUCACCAAAUGACACCCAACUAUAAGAACUGCAUUCUGUUGGCCGCUUGUGCUAAGAAUGAGUUGUUGCCAAUGCAUCCCGACUUACCGGCUGACCUGUUCACGUCGUGUCUCACAACACCCAUCAAGAUAUCCCUUCGAUGGUUCAUCAAACAAAGUGCCGGCAAAUUAGUUCCGGCCGUCAAUCUGGAACUGUUGGACAAAAUUCCCGGACAAUUGACGGACAGGAGGACAAUGUUAGGCGAACUCAACUGGAUUUUCACUGCUAUUACCGACACAAUCGCGUGGAAUACUCUGCCCCGCGAUCUCUUCCAACGCCUCUUCAGACAAGACCUAUUGGUCGCCAGUCUUUUCAGAAACUUCUUGUUGGCCGAGAGAAUAAUGCGAACCUAUGACUGCUCUCCCAUCUCAUACCCCGCACUCCCACCUGCUUAUCACCACCCGAUGUGGAACGCAUGGGAUCUGGCGGUCGACUUGUGUUUAGCACAACUGCACCCAAUUAUCAAUGAAAACGCUCAGUACAAACACAGCCAGUUCUUCUCGGAACAGUUGACUGCCUUUGAAGUAUGGCUCCAAUUGGGUGCCCGACCCGAUCGACAUCCCGAACAGUUGCCUAUUGUAUUACAAGUGCUUUUGAGUCAAGUCCAUCGAUCACGAGCUUUGGACCUUUUGGGUCGCUUUCUAGACUUGGGUCCCUGGGCUGUGCACCUGGCCCUUUCUGUCGGCAUCUUUCCAUAUGUGCUGAAGUUAUUGCAGAGCUCUGCCCGAGAACUCAGACCUCUAUUAGUGUUCAUUUGGGCCAAAGUUCUGGCUGUAGAUCAGGUGAGGUCUACCAUCUAUUAA